AAUGGGCCUUUAGCUGGGGACGGACGCAGCUGUCAGAUCCGAGUCUCCUAGCGGCGCUUCUGCAAUGAAUUACCUGCAGCUCUCACGGUACCACUUGCAUUGGCUGUAAAUGCAGUUAUCAGAGCAAAGAUGACCACGGACACCCCAGCCGAAAGUGUGGGCCCCCGGGUAAUGACCUUCAGUCCCUCUAAAGAAGAGUUCAAGGACUUUAGUCGCUAUAUUGCCUAUAUGGAGUUACAAGGAGCACACAGAGCCGGGAUGGCAAAAGUUAUUCCACCAAAAGGCUGGAAACCGAGGACGACGUACGACAACAUCGACGACCUGGUGAUUCCUGCUCCCAUCCAGCAGGUGGUGACAGGCCAGUCGGGAUUGUUUACGCAGUACAACAUCCAGAAGAAGCCAAUGACUCUCCGUGAGUUCCGCAAGACCUCCAACUUGGACAAGUUUUCCAGCCCUUCGUAUGUGGAUUUUGAUGAGCUGGAGAGGAAGUUUUGGAAGAAUCUGACUUUUAACCCACCACUUUACGGAGCUGAUGUCAGCGGGACGCUGUACGAUCCAGAUGUGGCGGAGUGGAACAUCGGCCAUCUCAACACCAUCCUGGACACUGUGGAGAGCGACAGUGGCAUUAAGAUUAAAGGAGUCAACACCCCAUAUCUCUAUUUUGGGAUGUGGAAGAGUGCGUUUGCAUGGCACACAGAGGACAUGGAUCUCUACAGCAUCAACUAUCUUCAUUACGGAGAGCCCAAGUCGUGGUACAUGGUCCCACCAGAGCACGGGAGGAGGCUGGAACGGCUCGCCAAAGGGUUUUUUCCAGGGAACGCUCAGAGCUGUGAAGCCUUCUUGCGCCAUAAGAUGACUUUAAUCUCGCCCUCAAUUCUGAAAAAAUACGGGAUCCCCUUUGACAAGGUCACUCAGGAGGCUGGACAGUUCAUCGUGACCUUCCCGUUCGGCUAUCACGCUGGUUUCAACCACGGCUUCAACUGCGCAGAGUCCACCAACUUUGCCACGCAGCGAUGGAUUGAUUACGGGAAACGAGCAACACUGUGCUCUUGCCGUCAGGACACGGUGAAGAUAUCCAUGGACGUGUUUGUGCGGAAGUUCCAGCCGGAGCGGUACGGCCUGUGGAAGGCAGGGAAGGACAACGCUCCCAUCGACCACUCCAAGCCCACGCCGGAGGCCGCUCAGUUUCUCCACAAAGAAGAGGUCAAGAGCACAAAAGAGGCACAUCCGUCCGCCAAGCCUGCCAGCCCCGUCCAGGAGAACAGAAGACCGAAGGCUCCGACGGGGAAGAAGCGUCAGCAUGACACCGUUAAGACGUCCGAGGACACCAAACCUGCUCUGAUGGUGAAGGAAGCCGAGGAGGUGGCGCCCAAGAAGGCCAAGCUGUCGAGCAAGGAGCCUCCGGCCAAAGUUACUGCCAUGAUGGACGCAGUCCGAGUCCAGCAGGAACCGAAGGAGAAGGACGUGAAGUCCCAGCCCAAACCCAGCAACAAGAGGGUGCUGAACAGACGAAGCCCCGCAAAGAAAGACAAGCACGGCCCGGCAGCCGGAGACCUGAGUCCCCCGGAGCCCGACGAGAGGAAGGGGGAGCCUCUGAAUUCCGAGGAGAGAGUCUUCGUGGAGCCUCAGGUGGAGAGCAGCUGCAGUCCAGCACACAAGGUGUUCCAGAGAACGCUGAGCCCCGCGGACGUCCUGCACGUCCACAGCUACGCCAAGGGAGACUACGGAGAGGAGGUCCUGCUGAAGGUGGAGGAAAAGACAGAGGGCUGUGAUGGAGACAAGGACAAAGACAUCAGACGUGUUGGCAAAGAACACGUGGCAGCAGCGGUGACCAGAGACGGAGAGCUGGAGAGCCAUCUGAAACAGGAACCGGCCCACCAUCCGCUCAUUAAAGAUAUCAUCAGUGACGAGGAGGCUCCAGACGGUCUUCCUCCCGUGGAGGAGUGUGGUCUAGAAGGGGAGAGCUGGGCCAAGUCUCUGGUUCAUCUCUGGCAGAGCAGGCCUCACAACUUUAAGAAGGAGAAGGAGUUCAACCAGCGCAUGGGCUGCAAGCCCCCGUACUGCUCCAUCUGCCUGCUCUUCCACACGUACCAGCAGGUAGAGUGUGCCAGCAGCGCGGACAGCCCCGUCAUGCUGGCGGGAGGGCAGAUGAGGACCAAGCCCCUGAUCCCAGAGCUGUGUUUCACCACCACCACGGAGGACGACGCCGACUGUGAGGAUCAGCUCGCUGCUCCGUAUCUGGAGGACGACGGGACCAGCCUGCUCAUCAGCUGCUGCCAGUGCAGCGUCCGCGUCCACGCCAGCUGUUACGGGGUUAAUCCAGCCCGCGUGACCAAGGACUGGAAGUGUGCACGAUGUAAAGCCAAUGCCAUGACCGAGAACUGCUGCCUGUGUUGGUUGAGGGGCGGAGCCUUGCAGAAAACUAACAACCACAAGUGGGUGCAUGUGCUGUGUGCCGUGGCCGUGCUGGAAGCGCGCUUCGUCAACAUCGCUGAGAGAAGUCCCGUGGAUUUAAGUGGAAUCCCUCUGCAGAGAUUUAAACUGAAAUGUUACUACUGUAAGAAGUGGAUGAAGAAGGCGUCAGGCUGCUGUGUGCAGUGCUCUCACGGCCGCUGCCCCACUGCCUACCACCCUACCUGCGCCCAGGCGGGCGGCGUGCUCCUGCAGCCGGACGACUGGCCCUUCGUGGUGCACGUUACCUGCUGUCGACACAAAGGCCCCGCCCAGACAGAGCGCAACAAAGCAGCCAUGCACGAGCUCACCGUGGGCCAGAAGGUCAUAUGCAAGCACAAGAACGGCCGCUACUACCAGUGCGACGUGGUGCAGCUCUCUAAAGAAACCUUUUAUGAGGUCAACUUUGACGACGGCUCCUUCAGCGACAACCUCUUCCCAGAGGACAUCGUGAGCCGAGACUGCGCUCAGCUGGGACCCCCCCCUCAGGGCGACGUGGUUCAGGUGCGGUGGACGGACGGACUGGUGUACGGCGCCAAAUUUGUGGCAGCUCACGUAAUUCAAAUGUACUUGGUUGAAUUUGAAGAUGGGUCGCAACUAACAGCCAAGAGAGACGAUGUGUACUCCCUGGAUGAAGAACUCCCCAAGAGAGUCAAGUCCAGACUGUCUAAAGCGUCAGACAUGAGGUUUGACGGGAUCUUCGAGGAGAAGGACAUCAUCCGGGAGUCCAAGAGGCAGCGAGUGAUCAACUCCCGUUACCGGGGCGACUACAUCGAGCCUGUGAUCUACCGGGCCAUCAUGGAGUAGGAACCCACACCCCAGCAGCACUGACGGACUGACGGACUGACGGACGCGUCCCGGCACCUUAACCUGGCAGAGCCCCGGAGCCCCGGAGCCGGGCCCUGGAGCACUUCCUCCACACCACUCUGCUCUUUUUCUACUCCUCACUCCUCCAUCCCGGGAAGUCCGACCUGUCUUCUCUGCGUCGGACUGCAGUCCAGACUCUUCUGCUUUUAAGUUUGGGUUUUAUCCGAGGACUCCUCCCGGUGUUGACGGCAGCACACGACUCCAGCGUGGAAAUCCCCUCAGUAAAGUCUCUCCGAGGAGAUGACGAGGGGACGACAGCGUGUCCUGCCGCGACGCUGGACAGACUUUUCAGUGAACCUGUGCCGGUUCAGCGAGCCUCGGGAUAUUUCCCUCUUUCUUUUCUUUCAAAAAAAUUAAAGGUAGGAAGGCAAUCGUCUCCGACACAUUUCAAAGGUUUUAUCCAAAGUUUGUAAAUAGCUGCGUUAAUUGUAAUGAGAUGUUUAUUGUCAUGUUUUAGGUCCUGCCCCCUCCUCACUCCAACUUCACAGCUAAUUAUUCAUUUGAGUGUGUUUUUAAUAUCUUUAUUACAUGUUGGUCAUUUUGUUAUUGGUGAAAAAAAUAUUUGAUAUAAGUGAUAUAUUGAAAUAUUUUGACCAUUUAGCUUUUAUUCAGUUAAGAACGGAGCAAAGUUGUAUCCAGUAUAUAUUUGACAUUUUACCAAGAAAAAAAAUAAAUUCUAGUCAUUUCACU